AUGUCUCAAAGAGUUCAAGCUUGGCUUUUGAAGAAUACAGGUCCACUUCAAUACUUGGUAAACGAGAGACUUGCUAAGAGAUCUGGAUUGAUCGGUCGUAUCUUCAAGGGCUUAGAGAUGGGACCUCGUCAAUACUCUCAGCACACCUUCCUUAGAGCCUUCAGAGUCGUCAACUGGUUCUACGUUUAAUUGUAUCAAACUCUUGGAGUCAUGAGACCAGUCUUAUCUAGAACAAUUCUUGGAGUUAGCAAUGGUCCUCUUAACUACACUGGUCUUUACUUAUGGUUCUUCUUGUCAAUUGGUAUUAUCUCUAAGUUCAGAUUCGCAAGAGCAAGAGAUCUCCUUUUCUUCAACGCCCAGGACCAGCCAGAGUUCUGGUAUGCAAGAUAUAACAUGAUGUUCCCCCCAUCAUUCUUGCACAACAGAAUCUCAGCUCAUUAUAUUGAGAUCAAUCACAUCUUCGCCAUCGAAAUGCUUAAGAGAUAUCAACUCGCCAGAAGAGAAAUUCUCGCUGAAAGAGAAAAGCACAGUGACUUCGAAAAGAGAACCAAGUACAUCACCAACUCUAACUAUGUUUUCGAACCUCUUGGAGCAGAUGAUGACAAGAUUAAGAGAAUGAAGGAUGACGGAGAGUUCUGA